UCAUAUGUUUUAAGAUUACCAAUCUCGAUACCUUCUUCUAUCAGAAAACAGUCAAUUUUUUAGCUACAAACUGGGGUCAUGAUGUAAUCAAAUUACUCAAUAUUCGAGCCGACAAUGAUUGGAAUUUACUUGGGCAACAUUUCGGCUAUUCAACUAGUGAACUGAAACAUUUGGCUCUAGAAGUCAAUCCAUCUAUGAUUUUACUCAACGAAUGGUUCAUGACGCAUAAUGGUGAAGAAGCAAUUUAUGGUCUUGCAAAAAUAUUAGAUGAAAUCGGUCGACAAGAUGUGACAAAAGUGAUUCGAGAAGCAACAUCAGCUUCCGGUGAAGACACUCAUG